CGAGGCAGCGCUGCACGCUGCAGAGUUUGAAGUCUAACUAAGCAGCGGUAAUAAAAUGGGCAGCGAUAACUGCAGCAUAACCUGACAACUUCUUCACGGUUACUGCUGUUUUCCCACCAAAAUACACAGGGAGCUGGCGGCCGGCCGAGCUACUGUCUUGCUGCAACAACUAACCAGUGACAAUGUCUUGGCUUGAGAGGCAUCGGAACUCUCUGCCUGUCGUCCAGCACGCCGUGCGCCGGCGUUUCUCCGGCCCGCUGCUGCUGCCGCCGCUGUCACGACGACACUCGAGCCAGGAGCACCCGUGGGAGAGUCGCCGUCCACUCACCCUGCAUGGCCUCCCUCUGGACCAGCUGGAGGCGCUGUACAGCCGAGCACUGGCUGGCGUGGAUGAACACAGUUUUGAUGUGGAGAAUGGCUUGUCGGUGGGCCGCAGUCCGCUGGACUCUCAGGCCAGCCCGGGGUCCGGUCUGGUUCUCCAGGCCAACUUCCCCCACAGCCAGCGGCGCGAGUCCUUCCUCUACCGCUCCGACUCUGAUUUCGACCUGUCGCCCAAGACCAUGUCCCGCAACUCCUCCACUGCCAGCGACCUGGAGGAGGGAUUGAAGCAUUGGGAAGUCAGUUGGCUGCCUCGGCAUGGAGAAGACAUGAUAGUGACUCCGUUUGCACAGGUACUUGCCAGUCUGCGCACAGUGAGAAGUAACUUUGCUGUUCUGACACAUCUGCAAGAUCGUGUGGGCAACAAGCGGCCAACAGGCAGUAACCAGCCGCCCAUGUGUAAACCAUGUCCAACAGAGGAGCCCUACCAGAAGCUGGCGGUGGAGACGCUGGAGGAGCUGGACUGGUGUCUGGACCAGCUGGAGACGCUGCAGACCCGACACUCGGUCAGCGAGAUGGCAUCCAAUAAGUUUAAGAGGAUGCUGAACCGAGAGCUGACCCAGCUGUCAGAGACAAGCCGCUCAGGAAACCAGGUGUCCGAGUUCAUCUCUAGCACCUUCUUAGAGAAGCAGCAUGAUGUGGAGAUCCUGUCUCCACCUUCUAAAGAGAAGGAGAACAAGAGGCCGAUGUCCCAGAUCAGUGGGGUGAAGAAGGCCACCCACAGCCCGAGUCUGGCACCCACUUGCAUCCCCCGCUUUGGAGUCAGCACCCAGCACGAGAGCCUGCUGGCCAGGGAGAUUGAAGACAUUAAUCGUUGGGGUCUUGACAUUUUCAAGAUAGCAGAAUACUCUGGAAACCGGCCUCUGACGGUGGUCAUGUACUCCAUCUUCCAGGAGCGAGAGCUCCUGAAGUCCUUUAAGAUCCCACCAGACACCUUCAUCACCUUCAUGAUGACCCUGGAGGACCACUACCAUGCUGACGUAGCCUACCACAACAACAUUCACGCCGCUGAUGUAGUGCAGUCCACCCACGUGCUGCUGUCCACUCCCGCUCUGGAGGCAGUGUUCACAGAUCUAGAGAUCAUGGCUGUUCUGUUCGCCAGUGCCAUCCAUGAUGUCGACCACCCAGGAGUCACCAACCAGUUCCUCAUCAACACCAGCUCGGAGCUGGCGCUGAUGUACAACGAUGCCUCGGUGCUGGAGAACCACCAUCUGGCUGUGGGCUUCAAAUUGCUCCAGGAGGAGAACUGCGACAUCUUCCAGAACCUCAGCAAGAAACAGAGGGACUCCCUUCGCAAGAUGGUCAUCGACAUGGUGCUGGCCACAGACAUGUCCAAACACAUGAACUUCCUGGCAGACAUGAAGACCAUGGUGGAGACCAAGAAGGUGACCAGCCUGGGAGUCCUGCUGCUGGACAACUACUCCGACCGCAUCCAGGUUCUGCAGAACAUGGUUCACUGUGCUGACCUGAGCAACCCGACCAAACCACUGGAGCUGUACCGCCAGUGGACGGACCGCAUCAUGGUGGAGUUCUUCACCCAGGGAGACAGGGAGCGCGACAAGGGCAUGGAGAUCAGUCCCAUGUGUGACAAACACAAUGCCUCCAUAGAGAAGAGCCAGGUGGGCUUCAUUGACUACAUCGUCCACCCCCUGUGGGAGACGUGGGCCGACCUGGUGCACCCUGACGCCCAGGACAUCCUGGACACUCUGGAGGACAACAGGGAGUGGUACCAGAGCAUGAUCCCCCGCAGCCCUUCCCCCUCCAGCCCCGAGGAGCGCCACACCGAGGAGGGGCCCGGAGGAAGCACAGGGGGGACCACCCCAUCAGGAAGUGGGGGAGGAGGAGGGGGCGGGGAAAAGUUCCAGUUUGAACUCACCCUGGAGGAAGAGGAGGAGGAAGAGGAGGAGGACGUGGAGUCUGACCUGGAGAGCCCCCUGGAGGAGGAGGACGCCCCGCUAGGUGGGAAGCAGCGCCGAGGCUCCUCCUCCUCCCUGUCGUUGUCCCCGGACCCCCGUAGCAGCAGUGGCAGUAGCAGGUACCGCCCCCCCUCGCCGCACCCGUCGCGGACCCUGAGCUUGGCCACCAUGUCGGUGCGGAGUCCCCUCACUCCCCAUAGGACGUUGGCCUCCCCAGGGCUGGAGGGGGGCGAGCGGGACAGAGACCUGAGCCAGGAUGGCGACGGAGUGGCUUGCCUGCGCAUGGGCACAUAACAGCCAGCACAACCUGCCCCGCCCCACCCACAGAAGAGAGGAAGAGGAGGAGGCAGGGCAGGGCAGGCCUUUUUCCAAUAAAGUCUGUAAUCACCACAGUCCCUUUACACUGGAGACAGCCCUCUCUGGAGAACAGGGGGACUUUCCCCCUCUGUUUUUUCUUUUUAAAUCUUGUCAAACAAGAAUGGUUUUAGCCUCUCUUUGGGUGCUUGAUCGGCCUUUUGUGUCCCGUCCUGCUGUGUUGUAGCUUCAUUUCGGAGUGUCCCAGAAACAGACUGCUGCAUUUAAAACGGGAAGGAGCGAAGCCCAGUCAUGGCAUUCUAACGAGAACAAAAAAGGAAAAAGAAAUGUCUUCCUCCAAAUAAACUGUUUGUGACUUUCACACGAGCAGCGGAUAAGGAUUGCAAUCAUAUGACAGGGUCUUGGGAAUUAUUUUGCACCAUUGUUUUAAUUUGGAUAUGAAACUGUUGAGUUCAGUCAGUAUAAGUGAGUAUUGUUUCUUUUGUUUAAGAAUGAUGUGAAUGAUGAAUCAUUUUACCAAAUACAGGAUGUAGAUGAGCAGCGAGAGAAUCGACCGACCUAAACCUCAGGGUAUGAAGAGAAAAAUAAUUCAGAUGUAGCACAGAUGCAGUGGGUACCCCUGACCUCUGACCCCAUUUCCUGUUUGAAUUACCUCCAUGCCAGAAACGCCCACCUGUCUCGUCUAUACGUUGGAGUAAAACCCUUUACUAGAAGAAUUGGAAAAUCAAGCAGCUAAAUAAUAUACAAACUUGUAGCAUCAUGAAAAUCAAACGCUGCAUUUUAAUGUGUCCUAAAAGACAUGGUUUGUGUUCCGGGGUACCCCAGUCUUCACCUCUUUAAGAUCCAAAAGACACCAUUUGCUGAAUUAGUUUGAUCGUUGUUUUUUUUAUCUGAUGUGAUGCUUUUUUUUUUUUUUUUUUUUUGUUAAGGUGUCACCAUUUCAGAUUUGAUUUGGGAUAGUUGUUCGUUUUGUGUUUGCCGGUCUCGUCUGUGUUUCUGUGCUUCAAAAGCAUUUUUAUCAGGGUGCCUCCACAGUAGCACUUUACCGUUUCUGCCGUCUAGCUCUCCUGUUCCGUCUCCAAAGGGCUUCACCCCCUGUAGGCCUGCUCAUCACACAAACACAGUACAGGAUGUUUGACUAGAAGGUACCACGAGGCAGUGCCGCAAACUAACAAGACCAGCCAGCGCCCCGUUGAUUCCGAAAUAUUCUCCAGCCAAUGCGGUUUCUUAGCCGUCAGCGAGCAGGUUGGCUGCUCGCUAAAGCGCCGAGAAGUUUUAGUCGACAGAAAUUCAUUUGCGUUCGUCUGUCAGCUGGUUGUGAGCUUGGAAUUAUAAGACUCUGUGUCAUCUGUGUCCCUUAAUCACAAACUGCAAGCACAAUUUGAGUGUUUCAACUUAAAGACCAAUCCACCAAGGCUGAACCUUCCUAUUUAAAGGGAUAGUUCACCCAUUUUGAAAAUAUAGCAUUUCACUCCCCCCUCUAUCUGUUCUAUAGGACAGUAGUGGCUCUAUCUUCCUCUCAUUGUUACUGAGUGCUGGAUACUGGCUGGAUGCUCCAAAUGCUAACUGUUAGCCUCCUGCCAUUGACGUGGAUUUCCCCCCAGCUAACAUCCUUAAAAAUAUCCGCCGUGAUCCACUGAAAAGAAGGUGUAUCAUCACUUUACAAUUAUUGCUUUCCAAAACUAAACACACAUAUGACUACCGAGUCCACACAGACAAUGGUUUUGCUCAAACUACUGUUUAUAGCUGUAAUUUUCCUGUUAUCAAAAUCCGGAAAGAUCCAGUAACUGCUGCACUUUGAGGCACUUGCCAGCCACCGCAGCACAGACAGCUUAGAACGCACAAGAAAAUAGUUCCACCGGAUUUUUUUUUUCUUUCCUGAAAACACUCAAACUUUUUUACACCAUUUCAGGCUGUAAAAAAAAUCUGCUACACAUCAAACUCAGACUUUUAGUCAAGAAUUUUAGGGAAUUAAAGUGGUUAUUUUUAAGGAUAUUAACGGGUGUCUAAGGUUUGUUACUGAGUGCUGGAUGCUCCAAAUGCAAUGAGAGGAAGAUAGCACCACUACUGUACUUUUCAAAAGGGGUGAACUAUCCCUUUUAACUGCAGCCGUUUGAUGUCUUCAAUCUGAUCGGAGGCAGGAGGAUGAAAACACUCUACCUGCAGUCUGACCUGCUCGUGACGACACUGCCUGUUUAAUUACAUGAGUUUGUUUUUUUUCCCCAAAAUGCCAGCGGGAGCCUUAUGAUUCCAACAUCACUUUGUUAAUUUGAAGCCCUGCUGAGGGGUGUUGCAGUGGAGAUAACGAAUCAGCCUUUUCAAACCCUGCUGGCAGAAGUGAAUUUGCCUCUGGUCUCAUACAGCUCAUUGUUCCAUCCAGUUCUCUGUCUUAUUUGGUGGUGGAAACUCCUUGACUGGGAUAACUGUGUGCCAUAAGUGUUUAAAAGACACAAAACACCUGCCAGCCUAAGAUGCUCUACAUUUUUACACUAGAGAUUUUAACCUGAUGAUUGUAUCAAAGUCACUGACUUUAUAGUGUUAGUUUUUACAAAUGAUAAGAAACAUUAACAGUAUUUAAAGCAGAUGAUUUACUAGAUUUUUGUGCAGUAUAGGCUCAGUCCGUCCAGCCCUUUCCUAACCGGAUCGAGAUUUGAGAAUGUGUGUAGUUUCAGGAGUACAUUACCGUUUCUGUAACGUUCAGUCUAGAGCUGUGUUUGUCGAUGUCACUGAGGUUUUAAAAAAAAAAAAAGCCAGGAAGUCAGCGAGCACUACAGAAGAUUUGAUGCGUUUCCUGGUUAGGCCGUAGUAGAAAACACUAGUCAAUCAGUAUUCCAUUAACUCAGCUAGUAAGCUUUAUUGCUCAGCCUUACAUGUACUAGGAGUGGCUGGAGCCUCGUGUCAAAGGACCGUCCCACCGAUGUUGACGUGUCGGCCCAAACCAGUCUUGGCUGGAUGAUACUUAAUACCUCACAGUGCCAUUUGACUCAUGUUUCCUUUGAGAUAUUUCCAAGGUUCCUACAUAGCUCUUUGGAAAUGUGGAAAAUUAUGAAAGGAACUGCAAAAGACUCUGGAAAAGUAUGAAAAUAUGUAUUCGCUGUCACAAAAAACAAACUUGUAUUUCCAAUUUGGUAACAAAAAGUAAAACAAUCUGUAUAUCUGAGCUAACACACUCUCAGAUCCACUGUCAUUUCACACAGUGAUAUUUGUGAAGAAUAAUUUGUUUUAGAACGUCACCGCCGACAUCAUACUGAACACCUGCUGAUGCAGCUCUGUGAACGGUAUGGUGUUGGAACAUGGAUUUAGGAACUAUUUUUUUCCUGACUGAGCAUCCUCUGGUUCUAGUGCAUCUCAAAAUGAACUUUAGAGGCCCCAAAACCCCAGGAAACUGUGAGGUGAGAAGCACCGUGAAGCCCUGCUGCGCACGCUGUGCUGCGUUGUCCGAGCAGCGCUGCCACAUGUCAGUGUCACGGCUCAGGUGUUUCAUGUUGGCCUCACGCCACAAACUCAAGACUGGUUCUAAGACAACAGCAGGACUAUCACUUUUUUCCUCUAAUUCAGUGACUAAGUACUUAGUCUAUCAAAUGUCAUAAAUAAUGAGGAAUGCCUUUGACAACUUAGUAGAGAAAAGUGAUGUUUCCAAAUUUCCUCCAUACAGCCUAAAACCCCAACAAAUAUUCACUUUAUCACUAUAAAAGGAAAAAUGGACGUGAAGAGAAAGUGAAGUGUUUUCUCCCUUUGAGCCUCCUUUACUUCUUCACAUUUGUGUGAGCUACCUGCUUUUUCUAUAAAACAAAUUCAUGUUUUCUUGAGUUCCUCAGCACAGACUCCCCAAAAAAGAAAAAGGAAAAAAAAAAGUAAGCCUACUGUACGCUGUGUUUACACUGCCUGGAACAAGUGACCCAAUUUGUUUUGUUUUGUUUUUUCUUCAUGUGGCAAAGAUGUCUUUACAGUCUAACCAGGCAAAAAACACCUAGAAUUUGGCAUUUUUAGAUCUGAGUUUAGCCAAAUUCAUAUGUGGAAAAAAAAAUUCCAUGAGGAAUCUGCUAUCUGUCAGUGUGACUCGAACCAAACCGAGCAGAUUGUUCAGAUCAUUGAAACCUCAAAUUCACUUGAUUUCUUUCAAAAAACAAAGGAAAAAAAGGUAAUGAGCAAAUUAGCAAGAAAUUACAGAAAAAUAGCCAAACAUUACCUGAAAAUAAGCAAAAAAAGGGUAGCUCUCAUAAUUUGUGCUUUAUUAUAUAUAAAAUUAAAUAGCAGAGAAAAGUGCCAUAGUCACAAAAUUACCGCCAAAAAAUUAAAAAAAAAAAAUAAUACAAAAUUACAAAAAAAUUCCCCUUCAAAAAGACUUCAGCCACUUAACUUGAAAUCAAGUUAAGUGGGUGAGGUAAAGCUCAGCCACAGGCUCCUGGGCUUCCAGGGUCACUUGUUUCAACACUUUGAUUUAUGUCGACUUCAGCUGCGUCUGAUUCAGGCAAUUAAUUGGAAUAUGACAGGAAGACCUGAGGUGUAAAGUUAAUCCUUCCAGUCCACAUCAGGUGCACAUAAAUGUCAUUUUUCCUCUCAUAUUUAACUCCAAUACUCAGCAACACAAAGCCACUCUCCUCCAGUUCACAAAAGCUUUCUUGUUAAUUUUAAAUAAAAUUCCUGGGUAGUUAACAUGAUCAGCAAGAGCCACAGUGGCUGCUAAGAAAAGAGCGCCACCUACAGAAACUCUGACUCCAGCAACAGAACAACUAAAGAAAAUAUAUUAAGAUGUCCCAGUCCUGCCCAGUUUGAUUGACAGGUGAGUUCUGGAGGUGCAGUGCAGAAACACCACACAGCUUAGCACCAAAGUCAAAGGCAAGAAGCAGGAAUCUCCCCGGCUACCAUCUGAAGGUCAAAAUCUGUCCGUUUGAAGUGCCUUGAUGGCUUUAAUCAAUACAGAACAGAAAGCUAUCCAAAAAAAAAAAAAAAAAAAAAAAAAAAAAAAAAAAAGUUUAGCAUGGUAUUCUCACCAGACGGAUUUGAAACUGAGGCUCCGUUUUCAGAUGCACUAGAACGCUGCAGCCUGUCCACUCAGCAAAGCGGCUGCUCAUCAGCUCAGUGGUGAGCAGCCGGUGGGAGGUAUUAAGUGGCAUCGAGGCAGGACGGGCCCUCGGGAACACGUUGGUGCCAUACAGUGUUAAAUGUGUUGACAAGCAGACCGGCGCCACCUCUGGUGCUGUGCCGCGCCGACACUGCCGCCGUUCACGUCCACGUCGUCUCGUUUUCUCAGCCUCCGUGUUGUGCACAGUUCUACAAGAUGAUAUUUAUUCCUAAUCCGUGUCUGUCAAGACAAAGUACUGUAAAAUAAGACUUUUGAUUUCACAAUCUGGAGCCUAAGGAAAAAAAAAAAAUCACGUAUACUUUACAAAGGAUGUAUACAUCUGCCACUCCAAUGUCUGCUGAGAGACAGAUCAGAUCUUGUUUCUCAUUUUAAGCCAAACGAGUGUCGGGAGUUCAGGGUGUUUUAAGUGGAAAAUGCCAAUAAAUUAUAUGGAAAUUUA